AUGCACAACCCUGGAAAAGAUCUACCAAGGUCAAUUGGUCUUGGUCUUUUCCUGGUUACUGUACUCUAUAUGCUCACUAAUGUUGCCUAUCUGGCAGUUCUCAGUCCUGACGAAAUGCUGGAGGUCGCA